AUGAUUCGAGAACAAAAGGCCCCGUCAGGUCCAAGGCCGGACUUCACGACCUCCACCGCGCAAGAAAACUAUGAUCCAGGCGCAAGAGCGCGUACUGGAUCGGUGAGAGAGCCAACACUGCACGCAUCCUCCCGAAAUAACCACUCCCUCUUCUCCUUCGGAGGAUACAACGCGACGGACGAGAACACAAGCGGAUCUUAUGAUUUCCUCCCUUCACCCAGUUUUGACGAUCUGCAGAGUAGCAUUGCAACAGCGUCAAAUGAUUUUAACUUUGAUCGUGCUCCCGUUAUCGAACCGAACAAGUCAACCGCAGGGAAGAGACCAUUAGAACCGAAUACCACCAUGGCGGAUGCGAGAGGAUCUGUAGCAGGUCGAGGGCCGACAGGGCUAAGAGUUGCAAGGGCAGACUCAAUCUUACGACGGCAAAGUACAUCGACUCGCCAGAGCAGUGUAUCUUCUACGACCUCGGGGGCUUCUGGAGCCAUGGAUCCUCCAAGCGCACCGCUGGCAAUGCGGAAUAGACGUCAAAGUCAAUAUCCCCCUAUAUCUGGCAGUGCUGCUGCGAACGCUGUAAAGGCUCCUCGAAGAUCUAUCGGACCUGGUGUGGUAGAUACCGAUACUACAAGAGCUGCUCAGAGACGAAGGCCGAGUCUGGCAUCCAGUGUUUCGGCACAGGGUUUAUCGGACGCUGGAGGUGUUUCUACACGAGUAAACAUUGGUGGUGGGCCCUCCUACACGGAUGGAGCCCGUGGGCUCACUGCUUCAAGAGCAGCGAAAACGAAGUCUCUACAGCCGCCCUCACGCCAAGGGCAGACAAAUGCAGGGCUCAAGGCAGGGACCCCAGAUCAUACCCGAUCUUCGUCUUUUGCUGGAAAAUCGCCUGGCCGUGUGAAUGGAAGAGGCACAACUACACCAUCAUCCUCUGCAAAGAGAAUGUCUGUUAUGCCAGGGAUGCCACUAUCAACAUCUCAUGCCACUGGUCUUGGAGCUAGAACGGUCAGUCCUACGGAUGCCAGACGAGCGAAGCGCUUGUCAAUUCUUCACAAUGCACCUCCCAUGCCUAACACACCGCCUACCCCUCAACCAGACGGCAAUACCAUCAGGACAUCUUCGAGGUCUCCAUCGAUGUUACCAAGAAAAGUUCCAACGCCAUCUUCGUCCAGAACUACUCCAGAUAUCAGUAAUCGCAAGUCGUACAGUUCUGGAGUCUCCAUUGGAUCGACAACGAGCUACAAUACUGCCCGAACUUCUACUGGGUCUCUACAACCUCGAGUUCCCCAACCAGCUUCUUCUUCUAGACUUCCCACACCAAAGCCCAGAAGCGUUCACAGCUCAGCAGGGAAUAAUGAAGAGGAAGAAGUUCCACCAGUACCCGCAAUACCCAAAGCCUAUGAGUCUCCAAAAGAAUCACCUGCAGAGCCUCCAUUCUUCAACAAGAGAAAGUCGAGCAUGCCGUUCGAUGCCAGCAGUAUCAAUAGUACUUCUACAAAUAGCUUAUCUGGACCAGGAUCAGUGCGGGAAGCCCCGAAGAACGAUCGAGACCAGAGAAUUCGUAAAGUACCAGCUACAAAUUCUGAUGUAGAUCAGCAAAAUCAUACCACGCCAGUGAAGAAGAAGAAUUUGCAGCCACUACGGCUCCCUCCAUUGAAUUUGCUUCCUCUCAGCACACCUACAAGUGCCAAAAUCGCCGCUUUACAGCCAGAUAAAGAUCCUAAUUUCACUGAUGGCCAGGUCACACCCCCUCCAAGGCGUGUAGCAACAAAAACACCAAGCACGCCAAUGACUGCAUCGAAAGCUUCGUUCUUUUCAAGACGGAAAAAUGACUCGAAAGCGGAGAAAGAGCUUGCUCAUAUGAGGAGCAGCAGCUCAAUCCAUCUUCUCCGUUCAGAAUCUUCCUCUCAAAUGGGUGGAAGCAGUUCCGAGUCCACCAAACCGAUUGCAAUCAAUGGGAGAGCCCCCAGACAAACAGUAUCUCCAUUCAUAUCCUCCUCCCUCCCGAAAAGUGGUGGAGAACAUUCGUUUAUGCCUAGAUCAAAGACAAGCGGUGAUAUUGCAGCCACAGAUGGUGCCACCGAACCGCCACGUCCAGCUCGACUCACGGGACCUCGUGCUCAAAGAUUGGCUUCUGUAGCCAAAACCGAAACUCCAACACAAAUUUCGAGUCCAGAAGAUCAGCCACCAACUCCCUCGUCAGGCUCAUCCUUGAGACGGAAAUUGAGUCUGGGUUGGAAGAGAAGUACUUCAAAGAGCAACAUUAGCGUCUCACAAGCCGCCAUUGAAAGAGAUUCAGAGUAUCCGCCACAACCUCCAAAGCAUGAUAACAUGCCUCCACCGAGACUCCCUGCCUCAGCGACAACCGGUAAUAUGGGUAUUUAUGCUGUUCCAAGUCCAAGUCCAUCGAACAAGUCAACCAAUUAUCUCGAUUCCAAGCGAAGGAAGAGCUCCGUGUCAAGCUUAAGCGUAUUUGGGAACCAUGAUAGGACGAGAAGUGAUUCUUGGGGAGUGAAUGGUAGUCCUAAGAAGGAAGCGGCCGAUGUGAAGUCCGAGCGACCAGCCGCUGCCACGCGGACGACCUCAACUGUCGUGCAGAAAAUGCUCAACUCGAAAACAUCUACAGGCACCAUGCGAACUGUCGAUCCCUGGACUAUGGAUCUCGACAAAGACGACAUGGUUGCUGAAGAAGAGAUGAAAAAGCUCGGUAUGAAACGAAAAGAGACCGAGCAAGCUGCGAGACAACUUGAUGCUUUGAGGAAGAGGGCGACACCCAAGACGCGCGUAUCGUGUGAAGACGCCCUUCGACAUGCCACUCUCAACAUUUUUGAACGCGGAGAGAUUAUUGAUUUCAAGGAUAUCUACUUUUGUGGUACAUUGGAUGCUGCGAAACAUGUUGGAGAGCUGAGAUCCGAUACUGCCAACUUCGGUUAUGACGAUGAACGCGGAGAUUACACUAUUGUACAAGGUGAUCAUCUUUCUUACCGAUACGAAAUUGUUGAUGUCCUUGGGAAAGGAAGUUUUGGUCAGGUCGUCAGGUGUAUUGAUCACAAGACCGGUGGCUUGGUUGCUGUAAAAAUCAUUCGCAACAAGAAGAGAUUCCAUCAGCAAGCUUUGGUAGAAGUCAACAUCUUACAAAAGCUGCGCGAAUGGGAUCCCAAAAACAAGCACAGCAUGGUCAACUUCACCCAAAGCUUUUAUUUCCGUGGCCAUCUCUGUAUCUCUACUGAACUGCUGGAUAUGAAUUUGUACGAGUUCAUCAAGUCAAACUCAUUCCGUGGCUUCUCCCUGAAGAUUGUGCGACGAUUCACGAAGCAGAUGCUCAGCAGUUUGCUCUUGUUAAAACAACACAAGGUCAUUCAUUGCGAUCUCAAACCCGAAAAUAUCCUCCUAGCUCAUCCACUACAUUCCGAGAUCAAAGUGAUCGAUUUCGGUUCGAGCUGUUUUGAGAAUGAAAAAGUGUAUACUUAUAUCCAGUCACGAUUCUAUCGAUCACCAGAAGUCAUCCUUGGUAUGACUUAUGGCAUGCCUAUUGAUAUGUGGAGUGUUGGUUGUAUCUUGGCAGAACUCUUCACCGGAGUUCCAAUUUUCCCUGGAGAAAAUGAGCAGGAACAACUUGCCUGCAUCAUGGAGGUCUUCGGGCCACCCGAGAAGCAUUUAAUCGACAAGAGCACUCGUCGGAAACUCUUCUUCGACUCGAUGGGUAAGCCUCGCCUUACGGUCUCGUCGAAGGGGAAGAGACGGCGACCAUCUUCCAGGACUUUGCAACAAGUCCUCAAAUGCGAUGACGAACCUUUCCUUGACUUUUUGACUCGCUGUCUGCGCUGGGAUCCCGACAGACGCUUGAAACCAGACGAGGCCGCUCGACACGAGUUCAUCACUGGGCAAAAGGUCUCGAUACCAACUGGCCGCCUGUCGGCCAGAAAUGACUCCCCUAUCAAGCGAAUGAACACAAUAGCAACACCAACUACAAGCAGUCGUCCGCUUCCAGAACCGCCUGCAACUAGUUUCAAAAAUGGCACUGCCGUGAGGCAACGCGAAGCUUCAGGUACUAGCCCCAUUAAGCCUGUUGGAGCAGCUUCAAGGAGACAAUCUGCAGUCAAUGGUCUGGCUUCCACUGCUGGGAUGGCAGGCAACAAACGCACAAGUACUGGGGCUGUUCUUGCUCCAGGCAGUAGCGGUCUUCCACGAGUGACUAGAAGCGUCAGCGCUAAACAUCAAGAGAUGGCAUCGGCUGGUGCUUCCGCAGCAAUGAAUCGACGUGUAUGA